AUAAAGGUUAAAAAAAAGGGAUUAUUUUCUCUCCGCGAGAGAACCGAAGUUGAUUGGACAAAAAUUAUUAUCUACAUCCGAUCACGCCUUUCAUGCAUUCUCCUAUAAAAUUCUCUAUCCUUAUGUUGGUUGAAGUUGCAGUUAACAGUCGCUCUCUUUAUGAGCCCGUAUUUCAAUUUUUUUAUUUUUUUAUUUUUUAAAGUUUAUGCUUUUUCAUAAUCUCUUUUGCUCUUCCAAUUUUCAAUUUUGCUAAAUUUUAACUUCGCCAGAUAUAUAGGCAUUCAAUUUUCUUCUUGACAUUCUAGUGUUGCUCUAUCUUAAUUUUCGUAUUUCUUUGGUAUGCAUUUGGUCAAUUUUUUUGAUCACUAUCUCCGGGCAGAGGGAGGCACUUGAUCUGGGUUUUUACGGCUCUUGCAUAUUUGUAGAUGAGGAUUGGAGAUUUUGGUUUUUUAUUGUAAAUUUGGACGUGGGUUCUGCGGAGGUAAAAUUUGGGACUUGGUAUAGAAUAUUUCUUUAAUAUCUAUUGGAGAUUUUGGUUCUUUCAAGAAAAUCUGAAAACAGGGCUUUGGAGAUUUUGAUUCUUUGAGAAUUGUAAGGAAGUAGGUACAGGGAAAUUUUUGGAGAUUUUGAUAUUUUGUUUGGAAAGUACGGAGAUCAUCGUUUUCUAAGAGGAAAAUAUUUGUUUUGUAAAAUUUAUUGAGAGUGUAAAUUGGAUGGCGUUGAAAAUUGAUUUGGAUCUCAUUGUUGUAUUGUAAUGUUUGUUGGGUUUGUCGAAGUUUACGAGAUAUAUUUAACUAGCCUAUGAAGGGUCGCAUUCAAAUUGCAGUUACUUUUGCCUUUUUUUUCUUAGCCGGUUGGAGAAAGCCCCUUUUUUGUUCUUUCAUUUGGAUGUCAACAGGAGUCUUUCUUUCUCAGAAUUCACCUUAGGAAUCAUCAAUAGUCAGUGAGAUUCUGACCAUUGCAACCAAUUCUUUGAUAAGUAAGUGAGCUUUGGGUGGUUGUUAGUUUGGUAGAUACCAAAGAAUUUAUGUGACUUGAUAGUGCUUGCCUGUCUGUACUCAUUUCCUGUUUUUCUUUUCUUUUCUUUUCUUUUUUUUUUAAUUUUCCAUUUCGUCUCUUUUCUUUGUUACAAGCUUUAAAUGAUAUAAGGGUUGAGGAUUCAAAGACCCCACCCUUUUACGGUUCCAUUUGAUAAAAAAUACUUUCUUGUGGGGCUAAAAAUCAUGAAAUUUCUAAGCAUCAUGGGUAAUUCUUUCGGUUGUUCUGCAUCCGGGGAACGUUUAGUUUCUGCAGCAAGAGAUGGAGAUCUUCAAGAAGCCAAGGCCUUAUUGGAAUGCAAUCCAAGGCUUGCGAGGUACUCCACAUUUGGGGUUCGAAAUUCUCCACUGCACUACUCUGCAGCUCAAGGUCACUAUGAGAUACUUUCUCUCUUGAUUGAGUCUGGAGUUGAUAUUAAUCUGAGGAAUUAUCGUGGUCAGACUGCUUUGAUGCAAGCUUGUCAGCAUGGACAUUGGGAGGUUGUUUUGAUUUUGAUGCUUUUUAAAGCCAAUAUUCACAGAUCAGAUUAUCUUAAUGGGGGUACUGCACUCCACUUGGCUGCUUUGAAUGGUCAUUCUCGUUGCAUACGCCUUCUCCUAGCAGAUUACAUACCUAGCAUCGCUGAUUGUUGGAAUAUAUUGAAGGAUAUAUCGACCACCAAUGGAUCAAUCUCAGAGUUAGAUGAAGGCAGUGCUCUCCAUCAGGUAAUCAAUAGAGCUGCUGAUGGAGGCAUCACUGCUCUGCAUAUGGCAGCACUAAAUGGGCAUGUUGAAACUGUACAAUUGCUCUUGGACUUAGGAGCUUCUGUUUUUGAGGUCACUGUGGAAGAUGGAACUACAAUUGAUCUCAUAGGUGCUGGAAGCACACCUCUUCAUUAUGCUGCAUGUGGUGGAAAUGCACAAUGUUGUCAUAUUUUGAUUGCCAGGGGUGCCAGUCUGACCGCUGAAAAUGUAAAUGGAUGGACUCCUUUGAUGGUUGCUCAUUCGUGGCAUAGAAAUGAACUUGAGGAAAUACUUAGCACACAGCCAGAACACCCACCACAAAUAUCUCCUUCACCUUAUCUAUCUCUUCCCCUUAAGAGCAUCGUUAAAAUUGCUAGAGAAUGUGGAUGGAGGAACGAGGAUUUGCUACCCACAUCCCAUGAUCAAUGUGUUGUUUGUUUGGAGAGGACAUGCACAGUUGCUGCUGAAGGCUGUCGUCAUGAAUUCUGCACAUGGUGUGCAUUGUAUCUUUGUUCUACAUUUUGCACCUCUGCAGUUGCUCAAGGUCCUCCUGGCUCAGUUACCUGUCCUCUCUGCCGACAUGGCAUAGUUUCAUUUGUGAGGCUCCCAGGAACUAGGCCAAUGAUGAAGGCAAUUGCCAGAACAAGUUUGUCGCUAUCAUUCUGCACAUGUACAGGUGAGGAGCCAGAACCCAAUUCCAUGAUAACUCCGCUCUGCAAGCCAGAUAUUGGAUGCACCAGAAUUUCCCCUCUUUCUUCUUCUUUCCGCUCUUUAAGUUGCCAGAAGUUCCCAUCCAUGAAAUUCAAUGCUAGAGGUUGCUUGGGAACUUCGGACACAAGUCCUUCUUUAGUUCCUUGCACCAUUGAUCGGAAACUGCGCGAACAAUUGGUGAGAUGCUCAAGGCCGAGACUUGGACGAUCCACUUCUAACAAUGACACUGAGCGCAGGCGGUCUUGGCUCUCUGCACUCAAUGAUUAUGUAACAAUAGGAAAUGGAAGCUGAGAUUUCUUGAAUAUUCUUUUGUUCUCUUUUAAAUAUUUUUAAGAAAAAUUUUUCCAAUUUCUUUUUGUUCAUGAUUCAAGCUUGUAAUCUUGGUUGUAUAUAUUAAAAGCAUCUGCAACCGUAUCUAUAGAAUAAAUCUCGGGAUUUACCUUUC